AUGAUAUUCUUGAAAUUCAGCUCUCCCCUAUACGCAAAUCAGCCUCCACUUCUAAACAACUCACAAACACAUAUUGCAGUUUUACGUGAAAGCAAAUUGUCCUCCGAGAGGUGUUUCUCUGAAUGCGCCGGCAAAACCACAGAUUAUAACACUAUCGAGUCAGGUCCGUUGAUAGUAAAGGUAUCCGAACCGAAGAAUGUUUCUCGGUUAUUUGGAGCAGUAACAACGAUUAAAACAAAUAUUAUGAAGUCGAGUGUGAUGAAAAUUGUAUUGUGCACUGGUUUGGCAAUUCUUCUGUUCGAUGUUGUGGUUGUUACCGGGCAAGAAGUGACAUUAACCUUCGAUUUAGACAACAAAUUAGAUGGGGACGUGAAGGAAACAACAGAAAAGGUUUCAUCGCCUAAACCAGACGAAAAAUCGAAAUCUUUGGCUAAAGCAGAAUCAAAGUAUGUUUGUCCUGGAAAAGAAGCUCAACUACCACUGUUUGCAUUGCCGUGCUCAACAAAAAAAGAUUGUGGUAUAUUUGGUAAAACGGUACUGUGUUGUGAUAAAAGAUGUAUCAAUGGAGUCAAGCCUCCAAAACCUGAACCAACUCAUUCACCAACUUUAUUCGGAUUUGUUCAACAAACCUGUCCCAAAGAACCACUCGCUGAAAUCUUCGAGGUAAAAGAAUGUAGCGCUGAUGACGAAUGUGCUCCUAGAAUCUGUUGUCCAGAGACUCUAAGAUCUGGAGAAACUGUUAGCUAUUGCAGGACUGCGCAACCAUUAUGGGAAACGAUACCCGCACCUAGACAACUUGUUGAACCUUUUAGGGCUCUCGUUAGCUACAUGCAAUGCACAGCCCCACCACCACCGCUGUUAGAUUUAUUCCCGAAACCGUGCGAGUCUCCUUUGGACUGCUUUCCCAAUUUAUGUUGCCAAGAAGGUGGUAAGAAGUUUUGUAGGCCACCAAAAAGGUCCUUACUUACACUUAUUGCCGGUAUAGGUCAGCGAAUAAUACCAACGGAAGCAGCAAAAGAAUUCAUAAAAAGAAUCUCCUAACGAACACCCUAGGCAAGAUGGCAGUGAGUUCUUCUAGUCAAAUAUUUAGAAAAUCAUUUUUGUACCUGGGAGUUCUUUCUACAAUUUAGAAGACGAGAAUACUGUUCGUGAAAAUCUGUAUAUAGAAAAAUAUUAAUAUAAAAUUGAAAUAAACUCGGUAGAGGUAUUUAAGGUGACUUUUAUUCUGAUAUCGAGGAUAUAUACUUCAAUGUGUUAGACCUAAAAAUAUUCUGAUAAGAAUAAUGAGACAAUGCAGUCGAUUGUAGGUAAUUAGCAGAUGAUUGUAAUGGGUCCCGUUUUUUUGUAUACCAAUUACUUAUUUCACAAUUGAAUAUUUUUGGACAUGACCCUAGUCGACACAUAAAUGAAAAUUAUUUAUUUUUUAGACAGAAACUAACGGAAUAAAGUUUUAUUUAAAAAAUAAGUUAUUUCUAUUAUAUUACAAACAUCUUAUGGAUCUUGAGUAAUAAUUAAUCUGACACUCUGCUGUCAGAUGGCGCACAUUCAAAAUAAUUUAGUAGUUUUUCGUUAAAUAAUUGAUCCUGCAAGCACGAAUCAAUUUUAGACUAAUCUUCAAACGACUUUUUAUCUAUUAAAAUAUAUAAUUUUAUCUAAAAAAUCCAUAAUUUGCAUGUUUGUGCCAUGUCCAAAAAUAUAAUUAAUUAAUUGGCAUACAAAAAACUGGAUCAACGAUAAUUAUCUACUAACCACCAAAUUGUCAUUAUUCUUAUCAGAAUAGUUGUAUUCUCCAUUCGCUUAGCUUGGGCAUAUUUUGACAGAUUCAUUGUUGGAAACCUGUAACACAAAAAUUCCUACUUCUCAGUAUUAAUAGCUCAAAUAUAAACAUCUUCCUUAAAAAAAAUGAAUUAUUCCAAAUAGUGGAAGUAAACUAAACCGAUAAAAUUUUCCCUGUAUAUUUAAAAUAUAAUAUUUGAGUAGUUACAAUUGAACAUAUUGUAG